GAUUACACAACUCCCAUAAAAUUUUUUUAAGAAAAUAGAAAGUUCGUUUACAUUUCUUUAUUAUUUUCAUUAAAAUAAUAUAUUAAAAAAAGACAAAAAAAAAAUAAAAAAGAACAGUUACAUUUGGCAAAAAAUAAAUGAAAUGGGACAAAUGAUGUUACCUAAUCUUUAUGAAGUUACAAAGAGAUUAUUGUAAUCUUGAACAUACCUUUCAAUUUGACUUUGAAAACGUUAGCUUGGUUAAUUUAAUUAAUAUUCACGAUGUAAAAGCAUUAAGAAUCUACCUAAUUUUGGUUGAAUUAUAUUUAAACAUGAGAAUUGAUACAUUCAGAAAUAAAGACGCGCUUAGCGACAGGUUAUUGUCAAAAUUGAUCCCGAUUCUAUUAGAACCUUUGUCUAACUUUUGCCAUUUUACUUCAUUAUUCUUAUUAAUUUUCAUGUUAAUUGAGUAAUUUUAAAUUGAUUUUGUAAAUCGAAAAGUUCCUUAAGCUGUUGCUGAUAAUGUAUGAAAGGUUGCCUGACAAUUUAAUCUCAGGAUAAAACUAGUCUUCUUAUCAGAUCAAAAUACAAUCAUAUUCACUGUCUCGCAAAAAAAAAAAAAAAAAAAAUUAAGGUGUGUGCUUUAGACCACAGGAUAGAAGUGAAAACAUCAACAAGCCAGGUUAUUGAUGACUUAGAAGUUGUGGUAAUUGGUGCAGGAAUUGCUGGUUUGGCUGCUGCAACUACUCUUCAUGGGUCUGGUGUUAAAAAUAUUGCAAUUUUAGAAGCUCAGCCAGAACCUGGAGGACGUAUUAAAUCUGUUCAGUUUGGAAGUGGCUUCGUAGAUCUUGGUGCUCAAUGGUUUCAUGGUACUAAAAAUGAUCUUUGUCAGAUAGCAAAAGAAAAUGGCUUUCUUCAUUCUACUAACUCUUUUGAAGGCUUAGGAAAUUAUUAUUCCUCUGGUGGCAAAGUAGUAUCAGCCAAAGUUGUUGACAAUGUCAGCAAUGUCAUCGCUGAGGCUCUUUCCAAAUUAGAAAAUAUCACUAGUGAAGAUGAUAUUCCAGACUCAGUGGGAGAAUAUCUCACCAAUGAAUUUGAAACUUAUAUUAACAAGAUUUGUGACACCGAAGAAAAUAUAAAAUUAAAGAGACAAGUUUUUGACUGGCAUCUAAGAUUCCAGGUUAUUGAUAAUGCAUGUACUGACCUUUGGACUCUUUCUGCUAAAUAUUUUGGAAAAUAUCAGUUCUGUGGGGGAGAUGACUACGUCAACCUGAAAUGUGGUUUUAGUAAAGUGAUUGACCAUUUAGCGUCUGAACUGCCUCCUGGAAUUUUGCGCACCAGUUGUCCAGUUAAAGUCAUUAAAUGGAAGAAAAGGGAUUCUCAUUCCUCAAAAGAUAUUUGUGAGAUAGUGACAGAGAAUGGUGACAUAUUCCAUUGUGAGCACGUGAUGGUUACUUGUUCUGUGGGAUUUUUGAAGGAGAAUUGGUCAAUGUUCGAUCCUCCGCUACCUUUAUCCUAUUUGAAGGGGUUUAAUUGCAUAGGUUUCGACACACUGAACAAGGUAUACUUGGAGUAUGAUGAAUGCUGGUGGGGAUCCCUAGAAGGAAUACAAUUCGUUUGGGAUUCAGCAAAGAGGAAGAAAAUGUUGGAGGGGGAUGACACGCUGUGGACUUGUGACUUGACAGGAUUUGAUCCAGUGGUUGGUUUGCCUAAUGUCCUUGUUGGCUGGGUUGGCGGAGAAGGGGCUGUCCUUAUGGAAGCCUUUUCUGCUGACCUCAUCGGCCAACACUGCACUCAGGUAUUGAGGGAAAUAACAGGAAAUACUGAAAUUCCAAUACCUAAAAGAUGCACAAGGUGCUGUGAGGAAGAGAUGGCUACCUCUCCUCUAGCAUGCUCCAUCGAUAACGAUACUUCUAACAGAGCAUUAGCAGUGAUAGGCUCCCCUUGA